AUGUCUGAAAGGGCAUCUAUAUCCAAAGACCCCGUGCUACCACCUAGCGCCCCCCGAAGGUUGGCCUCUAGAUCACCGUCGACUUUGCAAUUCAGCAUUGGGGUUAGGGAGACGUCAGUACAAAUGUAUGCGCAUGAAUCAAGGCUUACCCGGUCCCAAGAUGUCCCCCCGUCCUUUGCUUACCCAACGCCGGGUACUGGGCGCAAGAAUGACUUGGAGCCUGCUUCCGCGCCAAGGCACAACCUACGAGGUAUAUGCGAUGCUGAUGUUGAAGACUCGGAUUCUCCGAUGGAGGGGAGUAUUACAACGAGUAGACCAGUGUUUAACAAGGUUGUGGGCACGAACUCCGCCAAACACACAGAGAGUUUGCAGAGAAAUGACGAGAGCAAGGACGAAGGCGGAGGCGAGGGUGGUUUGGAGGCGGACUCAAGCUCGGACGACAAGGAAGGAGGCAAUGAAGUGUUGGGUUCUCCUCGAAGGCGAAAAGGUCCUAUUGCAGCCAAAAUCAGAAGUUCCGAGUUAUCCCAUGCAUCCUCCUGCGCCAAUACUUCCAGGAUCCAGAAACGCGCAAAGUCAAGAUCAAGUAGACCUGCAUCCUCUAAUAGGACCCCUUGGGACACAAGACUUUCAAGAGAAAGUAUGCCUAGACAUAGUACCCCUAGAAGCUCUGUGCUUCCUAGAGACAGCAUACCUACAGAUAGUCCCAACAACCCUUUUGGACCUACUAGGUACUCUAUUGAGCAAUCCUCUCCUGAGGAGCUAGUGAUUCCUCAACCUAUCCAACCCUAUGAAUCACCCAUCAAGCCACAUGCUUCCAUGCCAGCCUUGGAAGACCCUCAAGCAGGACCUAGUAGCUCAAGAAGGAUAUCUCCUCACUCUCAUAAGUCAUCAUCCAGACACUCUCCAAGAUUGUCUCCUUUGGAAUAUGAAGCUAUUCAGGAAGCAAACAAGCUAGCUAAGCCAAGUUCUUCUAUAAGGAAGCCUUCACCUUUUGGUCAUAAGACUAGUUCAGCUACCUUCCAGAGGAUGAUACCUGUAUUUGGACUUCCUGAUAUAGAGAUGUUGGAACCUUCCUCUAGUAAAACUCAGCCCUCUGAGCCUAUGAACUCUCAUGAGCUUAAGAGAUCUAAAGGAAAGACUUCUGAAGCCCACAUAUCUAAGCAUAGGGAAACUCAAGCUGCCUUACUGGAUCCUGAUGAUAGGUCUUUUACUAAUGACCCAGCUAUCCAGAAGUACCUACCCUAUUCUCCUUCCACUACCUUAUACCCUUUAAAUGAAGAAUCUCCAGGAGAAUUCAACUAUCAGCCUGACUGUACCCAAAUGACCUCUUGGUGCAGGAAGAACCCUCAAGCUAAUAGUUUUAGGAAAGUCUACAGGCAGCUAGGAAGAGUAUUCUAUCAUGUGGAGAUACCUCCAGCCCAUGAGAAUUGCUACCCCUCACCUUCUUGUGAGCAAUGGGCUUCUCACUACUUCAAACUACUAGAUACUGUAGUAACCUUUAGACCUACAUGUCGCAUUACUACCAAGUUAGUUCCUGCUCAAGAAAUCAACCAUUGGCCUGAAUAUGGUAAGUUGCACAUAGACCUGAAUAAACUAAUCAAGAGAACUGUUCAGAGCGUCUAUGACAUGGAAGAACUAUUGCCUAUUCCAGAAUGGCCAGAACAUGACUGUCUAUUCACCUCUCAUUCCUUUGAGGUAGCUGCAGUCACUUAUAGGGAUCAGAUGGAGCGUUUCAUUCAGAAGCUAUAUGAGAUCCUUGGUAGACAACUUCAGACUGGACCACCUUCCCCAGUCAUCUCUGCAGGACAUCUCAGUGAGGUAGAACCUGGACAAGAACACCUUAGGGAUAGGACCCUACAACUCAAGCAAGAUAUGACCCUUUUAGUGCCCAAAAGUUCUAGAGCCUCUUCUGUCACUCCACAGGAGGCGGCUCAAGAAAACUUACUAAGGAGUCUUAUCAAACCCACUAGUCAAGUUACUAUUGCUAGUCCUUUACUUCCAGAUCCUCAAGUUUCUCCUCCAACUGUAACCUUGCACACCUCCAGUAGCACUCCUCCAGGACAACCUCCUAGUAGUCUUCAUUCAUCCAAAGCCUCUCUUACUGUUACUAUGCAACCUAGGUAUUUAGGACCUGAUAAUGGAACCACACUUAUUCCCUCUGAACCUUUACCAUCACCUCCUAGCUCUAUUGCUACUUCUUCCUCUAGAUCUAUACCCUUAGGAAGAAUACCAGAAGAGUCACCUCAUGUAACAUUACAAGUCCCACCUACCUUAGAAAGGACUGAGAGACUUAGGAGAGAAGCUACUAGAUCUCUAGGACCUAGACCACCUACUCCUAGACCCACUAUAGUCCCUUCCACUAGUUCAGAAGAAACCUUACCAUCAUCACCUAGAGGUAAUGCAAGUGUUCCUAUGGCACAACCUUCAGCUAUACCUCCUUUCAAUAUACAAGCCCUUGAAGACUACAUCAACAAUCUUUCAGAUGGAAGUAUAGAUGGCUUAAGUUCUUCUGAAUCAUCAACUGGAAGAGACCAAGUAGCCCCAGAACUAAUAGCCCCAGCUACUCCUGCUGAUUCUAUUACUUCUGUCUCAAGUGCUGCUACUCAUACCAUGCAAAUCCCAGUAGCACAGUCUACUCCCAGGAUUAGGAGCCAAGUAGAAGAGGAUAAUGUUAGGAAUAUACCUUAUAAUCCACCUUUAAGCAACGCUGCUAGAAGAGUUAGCCUUGCAGGCCCAAGUAUUCCUCUUAGAGAUCCACCUCCACAUGCUGACUUUAUUAAUCGCAGAUCUUCCUUGGGAGCAAAUCGGCAAUCCUCAGGAAGACCAGCUAUACCAGCUGAAUCCUUUACCAGAGUAUCUACAAUCCCAGAAGAGCGCUCCUCUAGACUAGCUGAAAGUGCCCACAGGAGACCUACCUCCUCUCCUGAAUCAAGAAGAACUCCUCUAAGUAUCCAUACCAAUUUACCUUACUUACAGGAGCAGCCAGCACCAGUUACUAGAGAAGAAGCUAAUAUGAGUAGGAGAGGAAACUUCUUAGCCCCUCUACUAGCACCUGUCCCACAACUUCAAGUACCUCCAGCACCACCCAUUGAUAGGACUAGGUUACCUCCUCAUAUUGUAGGACGUAUGGUCUCCUCUAGAAGGUUUAGUGAGCUGUUUAAUGAUCCACCUCCUAGGGAUCAACUUAGAGAUAGACUAGCUCCCUUAGCUGAAGGAGGAGGAGGAAAUGACCCACCAUAUGAUAGCGAUGAGGGAGAUUUUGAUAACUCUGGUAAAAGAAGGAACAACCCACCUAGAAGGAAUGGAGGAGGACCUCCCAACGACCCAGAAGAUCCAGGAAAUGAACCAUAUGCUCAAGCAAAUGCAGCUAGAGCUAGACCUUUUAAUCCAGCUCCUGUACAUUUUGAUACUAAGCUGAAACCUGACAUAAUCCCAGAGUGGGAUGGAGACACUAAGAAGCUGUUGCGCUGGAUGACCUCCAUCAACAACAUAGCUGAGUAUAGUAGCUACACUAGAAUUCAGCUUGGACAGCAGAUUCCUCUCAGGUUCACAGGAAGAGCUCUUAGAUGGUUCAAUGCAUUGGAUAAGGACUAUAGGCGAAUUAUAACUGAAGAUUGGCCAGCACUUAGGCAAGCUAUCACUAUCCACUUCAUGAAUAGGACCUUCCUGAACAGAAGCAAGAAUGAAGCCAUGCGCAUCAGGUUCAGGGAUAAAGAUCAUUCAGAAGAGACCCCAGAAGACUAUGUCAUCAGGAAAAUGGAAGCUCUCACUAUUGUCAGUGACUGGACUGACUCUGAAUUAAUCUUUGAAAUCAUGAAUGGUGCUCCUAAGUCCUGGACCACGCAUAUAGACACCUCAAGAAUAGUCACUUGGGAAGACUUCCUUGACAAGAUUGCAUGGCAUGAGGAGGACCUUUUGGGAAAAGAUUCUUCUCAUAACUCUGACAUACAGCGUCAACUACACCAGAUGCAAUCUACUCUCAAGAGACUAGAAGGAAACAGGCACUCUAGGCCAAGUGCGCGCUCACACUUAGCAGGAUCUAAACCAGUAGGAUGGCAUCAAAAUAAUCCUCCACCAAAAUACCCUAAGGAUGACUCUACAGUAUCUAAAGGUAAAACUCCUAAAGACAAGAAAGCUAGACCCUGUAGACACUGUGGAAGUAUGAUGCACUGGGAUAGAGACUGUAAGCAUGCCAAGAAGAACUCCAGAUUUGUGCAAUCACAUAUGGCACAAGCAGAUGAUGAUGAAUGGGAGGCCCAGGAAGCUUAUGAAGAUCUCUGUGAUGAAGCCUACCUUGAUGAAACAGAAUAUGACACUGAAGGAGAAGAGUCUGUUUCUGAGGAAGAGCAGGAUUUUCAUAAGCCCCUUCAGUCAUUAGCUGUCUCUACCUCCAGCGCUAAGCCCAGCUCUGGAUCCCAGGAGGAACAGCAUGGUCUGGAGGGGACCAUUGUCAGCCAGGGUACUAACUCUGCUGACCAGGGCAGUAAGGAAUCUGAUUCAUCUGUAUUUUCUGGAUAUGUACAACCCAAGCUCCCCACUAGGAAGAGCCUUAAUAAGAAACUGAAAAUGGCUAGUAGUCAUACAGCUACUGCCAAGAAUGGAGAAGAAAUCACUCUCAAGCAAUUAAUGUCAAGACCACCAGGAACUGCUUUCUUUGGAUCCAAAGCCACCAUCAUCAAAGGUUGGCUUCAGACAAAUAAUGGACCUAAGAAGCGCAUCACCUUUGACUCAGGAUCAGAGAUCACUCUCAUUAAUGAGUCAAUACUUAAAACUCUAGAUCCAUCACCUAGAGUGCGCAUUGGACAAAAACUCAAGUUAAUUCAAGUUACUGGGAAUAGUAGCUUAUCACAGUAUAUUUCCCUUCCCAUCAUCUUUGAUACUGAACAAGGAUUAGUUAAAAUGAUUGUAGAAGCCUACAUAGUUCCUCACAUGAACACACCUUUUAUCUUAGGAACAGACUUUGCAUCUCAGUAUCAACUGUCAUUAGUUAGGAAUGGAGAUGGAACAAGGAUAGUUUUUGGGGAUACAGGACGUUCUAUUCCUGUGGAAGAAUCAGAUUCCAGCCCAAGAAUUGACCAACAAGGUAAUACCUUUAUGGUUGAAGUUGCGCAAGGAUUCAUCAAGAAUUCUGAGAAAAUCAAGAUCUCUAAGAAAGCCUACAAGAAGCGACUUCAACAUAGGAAAUUACCUCCCAAUACUGUCAAAGUAAAAGUCUAUGAGACAGUUACUAUCCCAGCGCAUACCAUCAAGCUCAUCAAAGUCAAGACAAUAUGGAAGGAAGGUCAAGCCUCUGGUUUUAUGGACAGAUCUUUCAAUUCCCAUCGACAAGAAGAACAUCUGUUUGCAAUAACAGACUGCCUGAUAGAUAGGAACAAUCCUAAGAUUCAGGUUUCUAACCUAUCAGAACAUCCUUUAAGAUUGCAAGGAGGAGAAAUUCUUGGAUAUAUGCAUGAUCCCAAUGAAUACCUUGCAAAGGAAAAGGACAUUACUAAGGAAGAAAAAGACAGCAUUAUCAAGUAUGCUACCUUAGUACAAGCCAUGGUGCAGAGGAAAGCUGAAGAAAAGCCUACUGCACAAGAAGAGGAAUUAAUGAAGUCGCCUGAAGGAGGACCCAAGACUGCUGAAGUACCUGACCCAGAACCUGUCCCUUCAGAUAGAUUCCUUCAAGAAGUUAAUUUCUCAGAACAUCUCACUCCUAAUCAAAGGGCUAAACUAGAAAAAGUCUUGCGCAAGCAUGAGUUAGCCUUUGGAUUAGAUGGUAGACUUGGUACUCAUAACACUCAACUGGAAAUUAGACUAAGGCCAGGAACUAAAGAAAUAUCUCUAACCCCUUACCAUGCUUCUCCAGCUAAAAGAGAAGUCAUUGACAAGCAGAUUGAGGAAUGGCUUAAACUUGGAGUCAUUGAGCCAUCCAAGAGUGCUUGGGGAUUUCCUGUUAUAGUAGUCUAUCGCAACAGUAAAGCCAGACUAUGUGUGGAUUACAGACGUCUCAAUGAAGUAGCUGUACCAGAUGAGUAUCCCUUACCAAAGCUGUUAUGGAAUGACUAA